AUGUCUUCUAAUCCAGAAAAUACUGGUACUAAUGCCAACAAUAAUACGAGUACUGGUAAUGCCGAUGUUAUUACAGCAACUCAGCAAAAUAUGGUACUACAACCGAGACAGUUGCAAGAAAUGGCUGCUAAGUUUAGAGCGUUACUGACUGAAGCAAGAAAUGUCGGUGAAACUACUCCCAGGGGCAAAGAAUUGAUGUUUCAGGCCGCUAAGAUCAAACAGGUGUAUGAUGCCCUUACAUUAAAUAGGAGAAGACAACAGGCUGCGCAAGCUUACAAUAAUUCCUCAAAUCCAAAUCCAAGCAAUUCGGCUUCUGUUUCUACUGAAAAUGCCCCCAACAAAUCACAGCAACAGCAACAGCAGACAAGGAACAACAGUAACAAAUUCAGCAAUAUGAUAAAGCAGGUCCUCACACCGGAAGAAAACCAAGAAUAUGAAAAGCUAUGGCAGAAUUUCCAAGGUCGGCACACAAGUAUAAAGGAGAGAGAGACAUAUUUGAAACAAAAUAUUGAUAGGUUAGAACAAGAAAUAAAUAAACAGACGGAUGAAGGGUCCAAGCAACAGCUGCAAGAAAAGAAAAAUGAACUGCUUAACGAUUGGAAGGUGCUGAAAGUAGAGUAUACCAAGUUGUUUAAUAAUUAUCAAAACAGCAAAAAAACAUUUUAUGUGGAGUGUGCAAGACACAAUCCAGCUUUACAUAAAUUCUUGCAGGAAAGCACUCAGCAGCAACGAGUGCAGCAACAAAGGGUACAACAACAACAACAACAACAACAACAACAACAACAACAACAACAACAACAACAACAACAACAACAACAACAACAACAACAACAACAACAACACCAACAACAACAACAACAACAACAACAACAACAACAACAACAACAACACCAACAACAACAACAACAACAACAACAACAACAACAAGGUCAAAACCAAACAAAUGCUUCUACUACAAAUUCUACAGAAAUGCCCUCGACAACUGCACCUGAUGCAGUGAAAUCACAGCAGCAGCAAAACGCACUUCCUGCCACCAAUACUCCCAGAGGUAAUGUAAACGCUCCGCAGACUGAACAAUCGAAAGCUAAGGUGACUAAUGUAAAUGCGACGGCAUCCAUGAUGAAUAAUGUAAGUUCGAGUAAGUCAGCAAUAUUCAAACAGACAGAACCUGCCAUACCUAUAUCGGAAAAUAUAUCUACCAAAGCACCAGCGCCUGUAGCUUAUAGAUCCAACAGGCCCACAAUAACUGGCGGUUCUGCUAUGAAUGCCAGUGCCUUGAAUACACCGGCAACAACUAAAUUACCACCCUAUGAAAUGGAUACUCAGAGAGUUAUGUCAAAGCGGAAAUUAAGGGAGUUAGUGAAGACUGUUGGGAUUGAUGAGGGUGAUGGUGAAACUGUCAUCGAUGGUGACGUAGAGGAAUUGCUAUUGGAUCUUGCCGAUGAUUUUGUCACUAAUGUUACAGCUUUUUCUUGUAGAUUGGCAAAACAUAGAAAAUCGGACAAUUUAGAGGCAAGAGACAUCCAGCUACAUUUGGAAAGAAAUUGGAAUAUUAGGAUUCCUGGUUAUUCCGCUGAUGAAAUAAGAAGUACAAGAAAAUGGAACCCCUCCCAAAAUUAUAAUCAGAAAUUGCAGAGCAUUACGUCUGAUAAAGUGGCAGCUGCGAAAAAUAAUAGCAAUAAUGUUGCAAGCCUGAAUACAAAAAAAUAA